AUGCAAGUUAUCACAACUCAACCGGGAGCUCAGGUUCCAGCAGUUCCAGGAGGUAAAUUCAGGGGAUUUUCAGCGUCAAACUGGAGCUCUAUGACUAACUUAGAAGCUCUAACCCUUUCCGAGGCUCGAAAAUUAAGCCACGCCUACUUUUGCAAUUUCUCCGCAUGGUUUUUUUUUCAAAGCCUAGCCUUAUGGGGUAUCAAAAUGAAGCAAAUCUCCUGAUUUUUUCAGCCGUAUGGAUGGAAAUGCCUCAACCAAUGUCCGGUGUCCCAGCGGGACUCGAAUAUUUGACAUAUUUGGAUCACGUAGUUGUGAAACAAAUCAAAGAGUUGCUCGAAAUCAUGACAGAUUGGGAGACAAAAAAUCGAUAUGUAUUGAGGAAUGCGAAUGGUCAACAAGCAUAUUAUGCAUUUGAGGAAUCGAGUUGUUGUGAAAGACAGUGUUGUGGUUAUCAGAGGGGAUUUAUCAUGCAUAUUGUGGAUAAUUUUAAGAGGGUUCGUGGAUUUUUGAGUUCAGGCGGGAAUUUGGAGCAUUUUGAGCCCAAACAUGCCUAUAUUUAUACUCAAAAUGCUCCAAAUUUUCUGGGAAACAUCGAAAAUUCCUGAAUUUAAUUCUAGGAAGUUCUGGAAAAUGAAAUUUGCGUCAUUUUGAUACCAAACAUGAGAUAUUUUUGAUUUUUCACAUAAAUAGGUUAUGUGGGGAUUCAAAAUGCUCCAAACUCUAUUGGGAGCCGCAAAAUCACUCUCAAAAACCCUGAAUUCAAUUCCAGGAAGUUCAGGAGUUGCUUGAGCCGAUUUUUAUGAAAUUCGGAGCAUUUUGAGCCCAAACAUGACUAUAUUUAUAUUCAAAAUGCUCCAAAUUUCACUAAAUUUAAUUCUAGAAAGUUCUGGACAAUGAAAUUUGGAGCAUUUUGAUAUCAAACAUAGGAUAUUUUUGAUUUUCCACAUACAUAGGUUAUGUGAGGAUUCAAAAUGCUCCAAACUCCAUUGGGAGCCUCAAAAACACUCUCAAAAACCCUGAAUUCAAUUGCAGGAAGUUCAAGAGUUGCUUGAGCCGAUCUUUAUGAAAUUUGGAGCAUUUUGAGCCCAAACAUGACCAUAUUUAUAUUCAAAAUGCUCCAAAUUUCACUAAAAAUCCUGAAUUUAUUCCUAGGAAGUUCUGGAAAAUGAAAUUCGGGUCAUUUUGAUACCAAACAUGAGAUUUUCGAUUUUUCACAAAAAUAGUGGUGUCAAAAUGCUCCAAACUUCAUUGGGAGUCUCAAAAUCACUCUCAAAACCCCUGAAUUUAAUUCUAGAAAAUUUUGAGCACAUAAUAUUUGAGAUCUCUCUGAAAUUUGCGUCAUUUCGAUACCAAACAUGAGAUACUCUUGAUUUUUCACAAAAAUAGGUUAUGUGGGGAUUCAAAAUGCUCCAAACUCUAUUGGGAGCCUCAAAAUCACCCUGAAUUCAAUUCCAGGAAAUUCAAGAGUUGCUUGUGCCGAUGUUUAUGAAAUUUGGAGCAUUUUGAGACUAAACAUGACCAUAUUUAUAAUCAAAAUGCUCCAAAUUUCACGAAAAUGUCUAAAAUUAAUUCUAGGAAGUGCUGACAAUCACGCGCGAAUUCAAAUUCUGUGGUGGAGGUUGUGGCGGCUGUUUUGCAUGCAUCGGAUGCUGUCAACAAGAAGCCAAGAUCAUUUCACCAGCACACGGUGUUUUGGGUGAAAUUCGCCAACGUGGCGCAUGUAUGGCUUCAUGUUUUGAUGUUUUGGACGCGGAUGGAAAUGUUAUUUUGAAAAUUGAUGGACCGUGUUGUUGUAAUAUGAUUGGAUGUAAUGAUAAGGAGUUUCCUAUUAAAACGAAUGGUGGAGAAACGAUUGGUGCAAUCACCAAAAAAUGGGGUGGAUGUGUAAGAGAAGCUUUUACUGAUGCCGAUAUUUUUCAAGUUAAUUGUAAGGUUUUACAGGGUUCUUAGAGAAAUUUGCAGUUUUUUGACACCAAACAAGCCUAUACAAAAAAAAAUGAAGAAAAACCAUGCGGCGAAAUUGCAAAAAGUGGGCGUGGCCUAAAAAAAUCAUAGUUAUCUUGAUUAGACCAGGAGCUUCAAUUUGACACCCCACAAGCCUAUAAUUCUAGAGCUCCGCCCACUUUUGCAAGCCUGGCACGCUUUCCCCAGGCUUGUUUAGUAUCAAAAUGCUCAAAAAAUCAAGCCCCGCCCCUUUUUGCAACCCUCGCACACUUUUUUCUUGCAGUUCCCAUGGACCUCGACGUCAAAAUCAAAGGAGUCCUCCUUGGCGCCACAUUUUUGAUCGAUUUCAUGGAAUUCGAACAAAAAUCACAAAAUCGAGCCAGUUAA